CUCUGUUGAGUCACUAAAAGAGAUUCUACUGUUAUACAUCUCACAAUGUUUACUCCCGCCCAACUGGAUGCGUACCUCGAGUACAUCGACAUUCCACUGGAAUUCCGGCGCCGAACAGCGGAUGGACAAGAUGAAUGGCCGCCUCGAGACUUGUCCUUCCUGACAGCGCUGCACACGCACCACAUCUCCGCGAUCCCGUACGAGAAUCUGGCGCUGCACUACUCGAUCAACAAACGCAUCUCGCUCGAUGCACAGCAUCUGCUGCGCAAAUGCACACGCAACGGACGCGGCGGGUACUGCAUGGAGACCACCUUGCUGUUCACCGACAUCCUGCGCAGUCUGGGGUUUACCGUGUAUCCUACUGGGGCGCGGAUUAGGUACCGUGUCGAUGGGGUUCCACAGGGAGACUACUCGGGGUGGGUGCACGUUGUGAAUAUCGUUUCUCUCCCCUGUGGUCGAUAUGUGGUCGAUUCCGGAUUCGGGGGAGAUGGGCCUAUUGCCCCGUUACCCUUGACACCAGGUGUAGUGACGGCGAAUAUUGGCACGCAGGAAAUCCGACUGGCACACGAUUAUCUUCCUGGCCAGAUCAGUCAGACAGAGAGUCAGAAGAACUGGAUCUAUCAGUAUCGCAACUCGACCGAGCAGGAAUGGAACAGUUUCUACGCCUUCACUGAGACCGAGUUUCAGCGCGCAGACUUUGAGGUGAUGAACUUCUUCACGAGCCAGAGCCCCGACAGUUUCCAGAGGUUUACUGUCUUGGUGGUGCGAUUCCUCAGACGGGGGCAGGAGAUAUAUGGGAAACGUAUGCUGGUGAAUGGCGAUGUCAAGGAGAAUCUCGGCGGGAAGACGCAGUUGGUUCGACGGUGCCAGAGCGAAGAGGAACGGGUGGCUUCGUUGAGUGCGGAUUUUGUUGUGAUUAGAUACCUCCAGCUGAUUGCCACUGUCGGUGGUCUUGAUGUCAGUCCCGGCCUUUCCCUGUUCGAUUCCCUUGGAGAGCGGCAACGCCACCCAUCGACGGUGAUCGGCGUCGUUGUCGGCGCUGCCAUCUCAACGCUGACGGCCGGGCUGGACACAGUCCUGAUUCCGGGCCUAAUAACGGCCAUCAACGCCGGGCUGAACAUCGCCGCAGGCGUCGUCACCAACAUUGCUGUGGAGGCCGUCAAGGGCCUCAUCGAGGGCAAAACGCCCACCUAG